AUAAAAUAGGCAAAAAGGUACGGUAAUCUUUUCCCAGAGUAAACGGUGCAAACACACGUUACAGAAACAGUUAUCAUCCAAAUCAAAGAAAUGGCACUUCCUUUCGCGUUUCAACUCUGUCGAUUUUCCAUUAUUAAUUCCAAGUGAGUGAAUCUUAGAAACUCCUGAAUAUAUAAGGUUAUUAUUAAUAAAGACCAGUCACGUUGAAUGAUAUUGGUGUAUUAGCAGACAAUGAGCCAGCUAGGUAGACCAACUUCAGGUAAAAGAAGAUUGAAAGAUCUUUUGGUUCAACGCGAUAACCAUUUUUGUGCAGAUUGUGGUGCUCCAGAUCCGAAAUGGGCGUCUGCAAAUAUUGGAGUAUUUAUUUGCUUAAAGUGUUGCGGUGUGCACAGAAGCCUUGGUACACAUAUUUCAAAGGUUUUGUCUGUGACAUUAGAUGAAUGGUCUGAUGAUGAAAUUGAUGCAUUGAUUGAGGUUGGAGGAAAUGCUUGUGCUAAUUCAAUUUACGAGGCUUAUCUUCCUGAAGGAGUCUCAAAACCUCGACCAGAUGCUAGCCAUGAAGAUCGUUCAAAAUUUAUCAGGUCCAAAUAUGAGCUCCAAGAAUUCUUGAAACCUAGCUUACGUAUUACGUCAACUUCUAAAAAAGGCUCUUUGCAAUCAAGUUUGUCCAAGAAGAUUAUGGAUAAUUUUCAAAGUUCAAGUUCGUCAUCGCAGCAACCAGUUACAAUUCAAUUACAAGAAGGCAUGGUGGAAUUUAUUGGAGUGUUGAAGAUUACAAUAUUCAAAGGCACAAAUUUAGCUGUACGAGACAUGCUGUCAAGUGAUCCUUAUGUUGUCUUAACUCUUGGAAAGCAGAAAGCACAAACAGCAGUCGUGAAGAGCAAUUUGAAUCCCGUCUGGAAUGAGGAACUUAUGCUUUCUGUUCCACAAGAUUUUGGUGCAAUAAAACUGCAAGUUUUUGAUCACGACACAUUUUCGGCUGACGAUAUAAUGGGAGAAGCUCACAUUGAUAUUCAGCCAUUGAUAACCUCAGCAAUGGCAUUUGGAGAUGCAGGAAUGUUUGGUAACAUGCAGAUCGGAAAAUGGCUGAAAUCACAUGACAAUGCACUAAUAGAUGAUAGCACUGUUAACAUUGUUGAUGGGAAGGUGAAACAGGCAGUAUCACUCAAACUUCAGAAUGUGGAAUCUGGAGAAUUGGAUUUAGAACUAGAGUGGAUUCCUCUCGAACAAUAGUGGCUCAUUUGGUAAGUUGGAGACUAUUACGACCGACAAUGUCAAAGAAGAAAAGAAAUUAAAAUCUUAUUUAUUGUAAUCCAAUUUAACUAGUACUACGUACCAAAGGUGUCCUGUUGUAUAUGAAUUAAUUUCCAUUUCCCAUUGACAUUUGGAAAUAAACUUCUAUGGAAGUUGACACAUAUGUGAUAAUGUAUUCUUUACAAUUCUUUCA